GCACUACACAGCGAAAACUACACCGCAUCAUUACUGGAUAGGCAAAAGGAUCACUGUGUAUCUAUGACUAUUUUCUUGCUCUUGUAGCAGCUUUUUCCCCCCCUUCUUCCCGUGCACUUUAAUUGGAGAAGCUCGCCAAGAUGAUGUCCAUGAACAGCAAACAGCCGCACUUCGCCAUGCAUCCCUCUUUACCCGAGCACAAGUACACCACUUUGCAUUCCAGCUCGGAAGCUAUAAGGAGAGCCUGUCUACAAACUCCACAGCUACAGAGUAACAUAUUCGCGAGCCUGGAUGAGACCCUGCUGGCCCGCGCUGAGGCUUUGGCGGCCGUGGAUAUCGCCGUGUCCCAGGGCAAGACGCACCCGUUCAAGCCCGACGCCACCUAUCACACGAUGAGCACGGUGCCAUGCUCGUCCACAUCCACCGUCCCGCUGGCGCACCACCACCACCACCAUCACCACCACCACCACCAGAACCUGGAGCCUCAAGAAAUCAUGGACCACAUCACGUCGCCGUCACUCGCCUUGAUGUCCGGUGCGCACGACGGCUCCGGCGGAGGAGGUGGCGGAGGCGGCGGAGGUGGCGGCGGCGGAGGGCUCAUCUCCACCUCCUCCGCGCAUCCGCACUCUCACAUGCACGGCUUGGGUCACCUCUCCCACCAGGCUAUGAGUAUGAACUCGCCUCUCACCCACCACGGGCUCCUACCGGGCCAUCAUGGAGGGACUCAAGGCGGCCCAGGACUCACUAACACCGGACUUCCCUCCAUCAAUGAUUCGGACACAGACCCAAGGGAGCUGGAAGCUUUCGCGGAGCGCUUCAAGCAGCGGAGGAUCAAGCUGGGGGUGACCCAGGCGGACGUGGGCGGCGCUCUGGCUAAUCUCAAAAUCCCCGGCGUGGGGUCACUGAGCCAAAGUACAAUUUGUCGAUUCGAGUCGUUAACUCUCUCCCACAACAACAUGAUUGCGCUCAAACCUAUCCUCCAGGCCUGGCUGGAGGAGGCCGAGGGGGCCCAGAGGGAGAAAAUGAGCAAACCUGACAUUUUCAACGGAGGGGAAAAGAAACGCAAGAGGACCUCGAUAGCGGCCCCGGAAAAGAGGUCUUUGGAGGCGUACUUCGCUGUCCAGCCUCGACCGUCGUCCGAGAAAAUAGCAGCUAUAGCUGAAAAGUUGGACCUGAAAAAAAAUGUGGUGCGAGUGUGGUUUUGUAACCAAAGACAGAAGCAGAAGAGGUUGAAAUUUUCCGCUGCUCACUGA